UAUCUCCUCUUGAUUCUCUUUUCCUUUUCCUUUCUUUUUUGCUCCUCCUUUGAAUUUUAAAAUUUUUAACGACUACACAUUGUCCGCAAUUUUACAGUCUUUUGAAUUCUCUAUCUUUAUAUGAUAAUGAUAACAAACCUCUCUGUCUACUUACGCCUAUCUAACCUAAUUCUAUAUUUAUCUACGAACUACGAGACUGUUUCGCAAAAUUUAGUUAGAGAGAGUUAGCAGAUUAAUAAUUAUCUUGUUAAUGUGCAAUAUUUUUGAAAUGAAUUAAAUAUUAUAUAUCAUUAAUUAAUGAUCAACAUGCGAAACACAAAUUCUUUUAUUACAUACUUUCAAAUAUUUAGAUGCAUUAGUUCGUCAAGCGCGUAUUCGAAUUUUCAUAGAGAGAGUAAAUUCAUAAAAAAAUUACUACAUGGAACUCAUAAAUCAAAAAGAAAGUGGCACGACCCAAAGACAGAUUUACAUAAUGCUUUAGGCAUUGAGCAGACCAAUAAAAAAUUAUCUGUACAAACAAUGCGUAGAAUGGUGGUCCGAGAUAAACUUUUCAUGAAGCACAUAACAGAUUUGAUGUCAAUGGGGGAAGUGUCUGAUAUCAUAAAUGGAGACAUAGAGAUUACUCAUGUGAAAAUAACUUCAGAUUAUAAAUGUGUUAAUGUGUUUUGGAUACACAAUAAUGAUGAUGUCUCUUCGCUUGUUAGCGAGGAAGCAUUGCAAAAGUGUGCUAAAAUUAUUCGGCAUGAACUGUCACAGCUUCGUGUUAUAGGUAUAGUACCUCCUAUCCAAUUUGUCGAAGACAAGCAGUUUUCAAUAGAGAAGGAAGUAGAGAGAAGAUUAACAACAAUAAAUUUUGAGAAUGAUAAAACUGUGCCAUAUUCUGAACAAAUGCAAUUGGAUGCUUUACAUAUUAAUAUAGCUGAUCAAGCUUUGCACAUGAAACCAGAUACAAAUCAUGAUUUUGAGAUGAAUGAAUCUUAUAUAGAAUUGCCAAUGAUGAGACACGAUGUAUUAGGAUUGGAUCAUUACAAAAUUAUGUCCAGGAUUAUGGCUUCUGUAUCUAAAUCAAAAGAGGCUGCUCAAAGACGGAUGUUAGAUAUAAAUACUAAUAUUGAUAAAAGUUCUUGUAAUCUAGUUUCAAAAGAAAACGACUUCUUAACAAAGAAAGAACAAGAAAAGAUCUCUGAUUUUCUACUCGCAAGACGAAGAGAAGAAAAACGCUUAUAUCGUACGAGAAAAUUGCUUAAAUAUAAAUUAUUAAAUAAUUCUGAGGAAGAGAUAGAGUCUGAUUAUGAUGAGCCUGAAAAUGAUUAUAGCGACGAGAAUAGUUAUGAGUUUGACAAGGAGUUGCAAUGA